ACCGGACGCUGUUAACUCCGGAAGAUGGCAGUAAUGCAAGGAUGCAAGCUUCCCAAAGAAGAGAAGAAGAACAUGUAUUUGUUUGUCAACCCAUGGAUGUAGUACCAACAACCAUAGUCAUAUAACGUUAUAACUUAGCUACAGAGGAAGACCAACCGCUGGCUUUGCCUCACCUGACGCGGCUGGAACCAGUGCUGUGUUCUGUCAGUUGGUUAACGUUAAGUUACUAUUAGCAUCGAUGUUAGUAAAUGAUACACGCAUCAAUGCUAAACGAUGCCCGACACUGUCCGCAAUGCAAACCAGAGAGCUCCAAAGGAGAUAUAUCUAAAGGAGAUAUGUUUCCAAGCUGUCAGGGAACAUUAUGCUGCUCUGGGAAUUGAGGCUGUUCUUGAUCUUCCAACGCCUCUCAUUACGGAUCUUCUUCCUCAUCUGACUGUAUGUCAGCUGGAUGAGCUCCAGCCUGCCCUGAACCAGAGGGGGAUAUCAACUCACUCUGGGUGGAUUGGAGUCCUACAGGAUAUGUGUGGACCUAACCAUGUAAUAGACUUCAACACAGAGGAAGCGGCCAAACACGAAGUCAUGAGAAUGCUUUUUACUCUCGUAUUCUACGGCUUCACAAACCCCUUUGUCAAAAGAAACAUCACAAAUCUAAACACCCCAUCCUUCCUUUGGGCUGCAGCUAAAUGUAUCAAACAUUUUUUACUCACUACGCCAGUCGAAAGAUUGACCGCUGAGCAGCGGCCACUUCUGGAGCUCUUGGAGAAGCGUAUCGGGAGUGUUGGUGUAUCGCAGUGCAUUGAUCUAUCAAAGAGGAAGACACAAACUGCGCUGUAUGUCCUCCAUCGCCUGCUAGACCACGGUGUGGCUAAAAAGCUUGUUGUACAUGUGCAAUGCCCCAUCAUGCUGUCCUGGAUCCUACAUGGCAGGGGAUCUCAGUAUGUAAACCCUGAGCUGAGGAACCUAAUGCACAGCAAAAGGGCAAGCUGCAUUUCCCAAGCAGCCUCAUUCAGCGCAGACGGGGCCAGUUGCAGUUCAAGUCUCGAGGCCGGGGCUUCAGAAGAUCAGGAUGACCAAGCCACUCCCUGCAAACGCUCCAGGUUGGAAUAUUACGAGGAAUCCGGAGAAGUGAACUUUACUGUGGACCCGCAGGUUCUCUGUCAAAGCUUCACUCCGUGUGAUGGGCGCUCAUCAGGUGCUUGUCCAUGGGGACAGAUCGAAUGUCUGGAGAUCAGGCAGUGCGGGUCCAACUCCCUCAGAGUGCUAAACUCUGCCCUGCCCACAUUUUUUUGCCUUCGCUCUCUAACACUUCACAGCAUUGCAACCUUCAGGGACUCGGAUGUGUUGGGCCUGGCCAGAGCCCUGAAGCAGCUGUCGGAGAGUCCCCACAGCUCUCUCACGGAUCUGAGCAUCAGCGUCCUGCCGUACACCCGGCUCAUGGGGAUCCUGCUGGACGCGAGCCCCAACGUGACGUCCCUGCACGUGGAGAUCCAGACUGUGAUGUGGGGGCCCCGCUUCUUACCACAUCAUCCCAGGAUGGCUGAGUUGGACGUGUCAGGUGCUGUGAAGCUUCUACCAAAGUUAGAGCUGCCCCUGGAGAAGCUGGCAGUCAAAGUAGCUGAGCUCCAAACAGAUCUGCACUUCAUCACGUCAGUGCUUUGCCGCUCUCCACAUCUCACCUCGCUUCACGUAGCCGGGAUGAGAUUACCCACUGGCUCCUCUCAAAGCCAACUCCUCACCGCUCUCUCAGAGUCAAGUCACUUCUUGAGGACUCUCAACUUGGAGGACAUGAAGCUGUCUGACUGUCUCCCUGAGAUCCUGAACCUACUGAGAGACUGCAAGUUGGAAGAGCUGCGGUUUAAUGACUGCCGCCUUCUGGAGAAGUGGAGCGACAAGGAGGAGAAUCUGCAGCAGCUGGUGGCUGCUCUGAAGACGGUGCCUUCCCUCCACACACUCAGCCUGGCUCAGAAUCGGCUCGCCAAGAACGUGUGUGUGCUGGCAGAGCUGUUCUCAGGACCCUCACCGAGCUCAGUGAAACGACUCGACAUCAGCUCCAACUUCAUUCAGCCCGCUGAGCUGCUGGAGUUCGCUAAGAGAUUGAGGACACAUCCUCCGCUAAACCGAUUGACCCUUGACCUCAGGAAAAACCCAGGGGAUCGGGACCCCGACACAUGGAACGCGGCGCUGAAGAGGCUCCGUCCCUUCUGCGUUCUCCUGGUGGAAGGAUGGAACUCCACCGACACGAUGGCUGACCACAUCAGCAACAUGUGAACAAAGCUAGAGGAACAACGGAGUGGCAGACACUCCCUGUUGGAGCGAAAAGUGGCUGUAAAGUUAGCAGAGGUUUGACAGAAGAGUGAUUGUGGUCAUUUUGUGUUCGGUUCAGACAGCAGGAGGUUCCAAUGAAAGGUUUUUAUGAAGUUUUGGUAACACUUUACUUUAAGUUUUCUACAUAAGAGUGACAUGACACGGUCAUGAAUGCAUGACACUCACAUGACACUCACAUGACACUGUCAUGACACAG